GGAAUUUCUAUGGCGUCUCUAUCACUGAUAAACUACAGCUCCCACAAGGCAGCGCGCUGCUGGCAGACGUGUAACAUUGAUGUGUCUGCUUCUUGUGAUUCCGGCAGGAAGCCGGCUAGGAGAAGGUUUCGGGUGAGGAGCGAAGGGACCGGGGUCGUUCCGGUUACCUGUUACCAUGCACCCCUCUUUGGCCGUGGGCCUGGUGUUUUCUGGCUGUUGCAGUAAUGUGGUAUUUUUAGAACUUUUGGCCAGGAAGUACCCAGGAUGUGGAAACAUAGUGACGUUUGCUCAGUUCUUGUUUAUAGCAAUAGAAGGAUUUAUCUUCCAGGCAAAUUUUGGAAGGAAGGGUCCCACCAUACCUCUUAGGUAUUAUGUUGUCAUGGUGACUAUGUUUUUUACGGUCAGCGUGGUGAAUAACUAUGCGCUCAAUUUCAAUAUCUCAAUGCCGCUUCACAUGAUCUUUAGAUCGGGAUCGUUGAUUGCAAAUAUGAUCCUAGGUAUAAUUAUUCUCAAGAAGAGGUACAGUGCUUCCAAGUACUCAUCCAUUGUUUUGGUGUCUAUGGGGAUCUUUAUUUGCACAUUGAUGUCUGCAAAACAAGUGGCUACCCAUGCUACAACCAGUGAUGAAGAUGGUUUUGCAUCCUUUCUCUGGUGGCUUUUAGGUAUUGCAGCUCUGACCUUUGCACUUUUGCUGUCAGCUAGAAUGGGAAUAUUCCAGGAAACUCUCUAUAAAGAAUAUGGAAAACAUUCUAAAGAAGCCUUAUUUUAUAAUCAUGCAUUACCUUUGCCUGGAUUCCUGCUUUUAGCCCCUGACAUAUAUAAUCAUUCAGUGAUGUUCUCACAGAGCGAACCAUUCCAGCUGCCUCUACUGGGAAUCCAGAUGCCCAUCAUGUGGUUUUAUCUUAUCAUGAAUGUGAUCACUCAAUAUGUCUGCAUCCGUGGAGUAUUCGUUCUCACUACAGAAUGCCCUUCACUGACUGUCACCCUAGUUGUCACUUUGCGAAAAUUCAUAAGUCUCAUCAUCUCCAUUCUUUACUUCAAAAACCCAUUUACCAUCUGGCACUGGUUUGGUACAUUUCUAGUUUUUAUGGGUACAUUGCUAUACACUGAAGUGUGGAACACCAUCCAAACUGCUCCUAGAAAAGACACAAAGGAAGUUAAGAAGGAUUAGAGGUUCUAAUAUUUUUUUAUGCAAAAUGUUGCUGCCCUAAAUUCUGUGAAAGGUGCAACCUUAUUUAUAUUUCUUCCAAUGAACUUUAUAAUGUUAGAUCUUUACCAUUUUUAUAUUGUGAGAGUGGUAAGAGAGUAGGUAAUAAUGAAACAUUUCAGAGAAAAUGCAACCAGUCGCUUUGAUGCUAUUGGAGAAAAAAGAAACUUUGAGGAAUAAUAAUAGAUUACAGGGUGAGUAAAAUAGAUGAAUAGUCAAUUAAUUAUCAUCUGAUCUGGAAAUUAGCAUUUUAUUUGUAUAAUUUUUAUGUGUUUGAGUUUGUUAUUGCAUGCACACUUCACUAUUUCUUGGACAUUUUAUGUUGAAUAGCUUUUUACUAUACAGUCAGUAUUUUAAAUGUUUACAGUUACAUUCAUAAGCUGAUGAAGUUGUGCUGUUUUGUAAUAGCACAAGUCUGAAAAUGACUACAGAUCCUUCCUGCCCUGCUACGUGUAGGACAAGGAUUACCAUUUACUCCUCAUUUUAUUAUUGUGAUGUUUCUUUAAACUUUUAGUAUUAAUAAUGUUGUGUUUAUGUAUACUGUAGUAAUCUGAAUACACACAAACUUGUUGAGGGUCACAUCUGCCUUGUUUGCCUUGAUUCAUGAGUCCAGGACUAGGAUGAUGUAGCAGACCUACCUUCAGACUUGUGUAGGCCUACUGAUAACAUAUGCAAUAUCAAAAUAUCAGGGUGGUUAAGGACUCUUCAGCUUUCUGUGUUUUCCUAUGUCCCCCCCCACCCCCUAGACUUUUUGCCCACUUUGCUACUGUUGAAAACUGGAACUUAAAUACACUUAAAGGGGUACUCAAGCAAAACAUUUUUCAACUCCAUAUACCCAGCCUGCCGCAAUAAAAAAAAAAAAAAAAAAAGACUUAUUGCUGUCCCAUCCUCUUCCUUCUUCCUGCAUUUGCGACCCAACAUGUAACACUGCAGCUCAGCUAAUCGCUGGUUGUAGUGGUGUCCCUCCUUACCCAGUGAAUGGCUGAGCGUUAGUGUGCCCGGGUACCAAGAAGAUAGGUCAGGGCUCAAUACAUCACACUGCUGCUCAGUCAAUCACUUGCUGAGGCGGGAUACAGAUUUUGCCAGCAUUUAGCUGAGCAGCAGCGUUAAGUGUUGGGCCCCAGUAAUAAGACAGCAUCAGAUGACGGGCAACAAUACCAGCAGUCGGCAGUAAGUCAAGACUUUUUUUUUUUUUCAUAUUUGUCGCAGGCCGCAUUUUAGAUGUUUUUAUUUUUUUAUUUUAUUUUUGCAACUUUACAAUAGCCACACAUUCAUAGCUUGUGUCUAUUUGUAGUAAUCUUUUUUAUUUUUUAUUUCUUUUCUGGUGGAUGCAGAAGUCAUUGAUUUAUCAACUGCAACUUAAAAAAAAAAAAAAAAAAACUUGCAAAAAAAUGCACAAGAGGCAAGAUUUUUUGUGCAACACUCCACCACCCAAGGACUAGUAGUUCUUAAUAAAGUAAAGGUACUUUUAAUUAUACUAACCAAUGUUUCACUGUGGGAUGGUGUGGUCAAGAUGAUGGGCAGUGUUGAGUUUCUGCUACAGUGUUUGGAAAAAGUUAAAUUUUGGUCUCAUUUGACCAGAGCACCUUCUUCCACAUGUUUUAUGUAUCUCCCACAUGGCUCGUGGCAAACUCCAAAGGGAUUUCAUAUGGCUCACUUUCAACAAUGGUUUUCUUCUUGCCACUCACAUAUAGCCAGAUGACGAAUAGGGGUCCUGUGAACAGAUUCUUCCACCUUGAUCUUUACAGCUCCUCCAGAGUUACCACAGGCCUCUUUAUGGCUUCAUUGAUUAAUUUAUUCUUUGUCUGGCUUGUCCGUUUAGGUGGCAGACCUUGUCUUGGUAGGUUUGAGGUGGUACUGUAUUCUUUUCAUUUUCUGAUGAUGGAUCUUAUGCUGUCCCGUGAAAUGUUCAAAGCUUGGGAUAUUUUGGUAUAAUCUAACCCUGCUUUGUUCUUCGCAAAUGUUUCCCUCGCCUGUUUGGUGAGCUACUUGGUCAUUCUGCUGUUUGUUCAGUAAUGCUCUAUAACAUACUCUGAGGCCUUAAAGGGGUACUCAGGCCCUAAGACAUCUUAUCCCCUAUCCAAAGGAUAGGGGAUAAGAUGUCUGACCGCGGGGGUCCCGCCGCUGGGGACCCCCGCUAUCUCACAUGCAGCACCCACCUCUGGGAGCUGCACCCAGCACUGCAGCAUCGGAGUCUGCCGGGUCACAACUACAGAGCCGGAGUAUCUUGAUGUCAUGACUCUGCCCUGUGUGAUGUCAUGCCCCGCCCCUGCAAUGCAAGUCUAUGGGAGGGACGGCCUUUGGAUAGGGGAUAAGAUGUCUUAGGAGUACCCCUUUAACAGGUGUAUACAUAUGCACGUAACACUUGAAAUCCAUGUAAUAUUUUUGCCACUUCCAAAUGAUGGGCUAUUUUGUAUUGGUCUGUUACAUAAAAUCACAAUGGGAAAAAAAAAUAUCUGUGGUUAUACCAUGACAAGAUGUAGAAAAGUCCAGGGGGUGAAUACUUAUGCAAAGCACUGAAUGCAAUACAACUAGAAAUGGGGUCCCUGGUCUCCAUUAUUAUAAAGAGUUGGCUGAAUGUGCUUACUCACUUGUAGAGAUGAGCGAACAUCCGGUAAUUUGAUUUGUCACAAACUUACACUUUCCUAGGAAUGUAUCCACCUUUUCCAGCCCACCGGAGCACCUGAAAGCUGAACUCAUUUAUGCAGGAAAAGUCAUCAACUGCCGAGCUGAGAAGUUCGUGACAAAUCGAAUUACUGAAAGUUUGCUUGUCUCUACUCGUUACUGUAUCUCCCUCUCCUAUUCAUUUCUAUAGAGUGACCCACAUCAGGCUUUUGUGUCAAUAAUUGAUAGAAUGUUCAUAUGAACAGCUGACAUGUACAAUUUGAGUUGUUGCACAGACAACGUGUUUAGGUAGGACUGUGUUUUCUAUGUAAUUUUCAUAGAAAUAAGCUGCCGAACCUGAGGACAUUUAAAUCUAAAGUACUGUACAAGCAAUUCUGGCAAUUCUGUGUUUGUGUGUGUGUGUAUGUGUAUAUAUAUGUAU